AUGAAGUUCAUCGCCGCCUUCGUUGCCCUCGUUGCCGCCUCGGUCGUCAACGCCCAGUCGCCCGCCUUCACCAACUGCGCUGCCGCUCCCCAGAUGACCGUGUCCAGCCUCACCCUCGACCCUUACCCCUUGUGCAUCAACAAGAACGUCUGCGCCACCAUCACCGGUACCUCAACCACCCCCAUCGAUGGUGAUGCUACCCUUGCCAUCACUGGUCGUUACCUUGGUCGUCUCGUCUACACUGACAACCAAGACCUUUGCGCUGUUCUUGGUGCAUCCGGACACGCCUGCCCCGUCCCAAUCACCACCACCCAGGUCACCGCCUGCAUCUUGGUCAAGCCGAACGCUCCCCCAAACAUCGGAGUUGCCCUCACCAUCACUGCCACCAACGGCGACGGUGGAGUCAUCUUCUGCCAGACUGCUACCGUCACCGCCGUCACCUGCCCUUAA